AGGACUGAAAUAAAAAUGAAAAGCCACUGGUUUGGAACAUUUAAACACGUGCAUAUCACAUGCCAAAAUUAAAUUUCAAAUAAAAGACGCGGAUCAGGGAUCGAACCGAGGAGUGAUUUGAGGCGAUGGCUUUGCUGGUGGAGAAGCAAACCUUUUUUUGCUCUGCUGCUUCUUCUUCUCCUUUUCUUUUCUUUGACCUUUGCUUUUUUUGCUUCCAGCUUCUUCUUUUUCUCCUUUCUCUUUGCCCAAUUGCUCAUAGUCAUGUCUGCUUCAACAAAACAGAUUCAUGCCAACUUUUCUCCUCUUCCUGAUUCUAUCCACGAUUCCUCUGCUUCUUGCUACUACAACUCCAAAAACUUGAUCUCGACUACUCCCACAAUUAUUACAAAAUCUUUGUUCAACAUAUAUCCCUUUUUACUAACUGCCAAUGAGUUUCUAAAUAUCCCUCUAUGGACCUCGACUUCAUUGAAUACCCAGCAGAAUUUUUAUUAUGCUAAUUUUUUAUUCAUUUUUCUUAUUAAUUUAUUUAUAUUAUACCACAAUAUCUUGGUUAUUCCAGGUUUGGUUUUUGUUUCAUGUUACGUUAUCUGGAUAAUCAAAAGUUAUAAUUCCACUAACGAUUUUUUCUCAAAUGAAAGUCUCAUUGAUAUUCGUAUUAUCAUAGAUGAUAUUAAAACCACAAACACAAUAAAUACUGAUAGCACUACUAGUAAUAAUAUUUCUAAUACUCACUUAAAUCAAAUAAGUGAAGUUAAUGAAGCUAGUGAAUUGCUCCAGGAUACAGAGAAUAAUUUUGCAAUUGUCACUGAUCUCUUUGAAGUCAUAAACUUAUUAAAUAUUGUAGUAACAAAACUUGAAAUUAUGUUAUGUUUAAUAUCAAUUGAUCAAUUAAAUAAUCCUGAUUUAACUUUAACAAACCAAAAAAACAAUCCUAUGGAUAAUCCUGAUAUUAAUUACAAAUUACCAGAAAAAAUCGGUAAAUUUAGAAUAAUUCUAACCAUUUUUUGUAUUUAUCCCUUUUUCUAUUUGUUCAUUUCAAAGAAUUUGAUGUCUUUAAAAAAAUUUGUUUUGAUUUUAUUAAAUAUAAUUUUUUUUAAAAAUUGUCCAAUAAUAAUUUCAACUAAAAACUUAUUAUGGAGAAGUAAGUAUAUUAGAAUAACAAUCAAUUUAUUAAAAAAUUUCUUUAUUAUAUAAUCUCUUUAAUUCUAAUCAAUACACCAUAUUUUAACAUUAUUAUCAUCUCCUGCCGUAAUAAUUUUUUCUUGAUUAUUAAUUUUACAACAUGUAACAGAAUUAAUCUCAAAUACGCCAUGGCUCAAUUCGUUAACCGCCUCAAUUACCCAACGUUUAUCAUUAUUAUCAUCUCGAUUUUCAUCCACAAUCUCUUUAUAAACAACUAAUUUACCAUCUGAGCCAACACUGAUUAUUCUAUUGGAAAAUUCGCUCCAAUAAAUUGAAUAAAUCGAUCUUGUAUGAAUUAUUGGCAACUCAUUUUCUAGUUCCCAUUCUUCUUUAAUUUCAGAU